UCAUGGGCAUGAUCGCUCUUUAGCGUCUUUCAUUUUUCUCUUUGUAUGUACACUUGCAUUACUUGGAUUAUUAAAAAUAAAAAUAUGUUGAGAUUAAUUUACAUCAUAAUUUUGAUAUUUUUCGCAAGCGGUUUGUGCGAAGAACAAUUCUGUUCGGCGGAGAGUGCUGAUUUAUGUAAAGAGAACGAGAUUGAUCAUCAGAAAUUAUCAUAUGCAAAAGCAAUAAAUGAGGGAUAUCAAAAAUAUCUGACAGCGAUUCAAGAUGCAGAACAAGAUUAUAAAGAAUGUAAUAAUACAAAGCACUCGUGCUUUAAAGAUGUCAUUGUACGGGACUUGAGCCCUUUUAAAAAGAAAGGCAUAAGCGAAGAAAUGAUAGUUGCUGCAAAAAACAGAGGUACAUUUUAUCAAAUAAUUGGAGGAAAAUUGUACAGAGAAAAAGACUGUAUGUUUCCAGCAAGAUGUGCUGGAAUAGAACAUUUUCUAUUAAAAGUAAUUGGUAAUUUAUCAAAUAUGGAUUUAAUAAUAAAUACCAGAGAUUAUCCCCAAUCCAGUGAAUAUUUUGGUAAUGCAAUGCCUAUUUUUUCGUUUAGUAAGACAUCGCAAUAUUAUGAUAUUAUGUAUCCAGCAUGGGCAUUUUGGGAAGGUGGUCCUGCUAUCUCAUUAUAUCCUCGUGGUCUUGAUAGAUGGGAUCGACAUCGUAAACUUUUGAAUAAAGCAAGCUCAGAGAUUCCAUGGGAAAAAAAAGAUAAUAAAGGAUUCUUUCGUGGUUCUAGAACAAGUUCAGAACGUGAUAAUUUAAUUUUAUUGAGCCGCAACAAACCUCACUUGGUGGAUGCUCAAUAUACUAAAAAUCAGGCAUGGAAGUCUGAGGAGGAUACUUUACAUGCACCACCAGCGUCAGAAGUAUCUUUAGAAUCGCACUGUACAUAUAAAUAUUUGUUUAAUUUUCGAGGUGUGGCAGCUUCAUUUAGACACAAACAUCUAUUUUUAUGCCGUUCAUUAGUUUUCCAUGUAGGUGACGAAUGGGCUGAAUUUUAUUAUUAUGCCAUGAAGCCAUGGAUUCAUUAUAUACCUGUUUCUAAAAAUGCAGAUCAAAAAGAAUUAGAAAAUUUAAUUGAAUUUGCAAGGAGUAAUGAUGAUAUAGUGAAAAAGAUUGCAUAUCGCGGUAGAGAUUUUAUAUGGAAUAAUUUACAAAUGUCGGAUGUUAUACAUUUUUGGAAACAGCUUCUUAAAAGUUACAGUAAGCUUCUAACAUACAAACCAGUAUUAAAGAAAAAUCUUAUACGAAUUGAAAAGAAAAAAUAAAUACACUUGUAAAAAAUGUAAUAAAUACAUUUGUAAGUUUUAUAUUUAUUGCUGUAUCUGACAUAAUGAAAUGUAUUAAGUUGAGUAAUAUGAUU